AUGACGGAGCCUACUUCAAACAUAGCAUAGCUAUAAAUCUUAAAUGAUAAAACUAAAGAGUAACAAGAAGAAUAGCUGUGGAGAGAGGUUGAAGAGGGCGACUUUUAUAUGUUUGAACGACCGUUAGUAGCUAUGUGCCAUGAAAAUGAUGAGUAAUAACCAAUUCAAUAGAUUAUUAAGAAAUAGAACAUUAUAAGAAUCAAUAAAAAGCAGUCAGAAUUUUAAGUAAAACCUGGCUAGAUGUACUUCAGCUCAAAAUAUGGUUAUGUUCGAACAUUCAAAUAUUUUGAUAAUAAAGAGCAGUCCCAUGCUAUGCUUACUUUUAUUGAUGAGCCGAUUUGGGAAUGCAUUGUAUUGCAAAACAAUAUGGACAAAAAGGAAAAGACAAAUGAGUAGCAAAUAGUCACUCUGUUAUAAAAUGACUUAAGACAGCAUAUAUAACUUGAUUUAGUGAUACAUGUAGACGAUGAGAUAUAUAAAUCAGAAUAUAGAGUUGAUAUACUUAAGAAAACACUAGAUUUGAUAAGAUGCAUUGAAAAGCUCUAUCAAAUAUAAGCAAUUUUACUUUACAAAAACAAAAGGAUAGUGGAAGAGAAAACAUUUUAAGAUCAAAAUAUCUAGGACAAGGCUCAAAUACUAGUGCUAGGCUCAUAUCAUUAGAAAUCUCAUACUAUCGGGAGUGAUAUUAGAAGAUUUAAACGAUUUUCUGAAAUUAGAGUGGGUGAUUCCUGGUAUGUAGGCAAGGAUAGGUGGGAUGGCAUCGUUUUUCAGCCUAAAUAGAGUAUUUAAGUCCACGGGAUAGGUAUAUACAUGGGCAUUCCAGAGGGACAAGAUUUUUAGAUUUGCUAUAAGUAUCAUAUUGAAGACCAAGAUGGGAAUAAUGUGAUGACUAGUGAUUUAAUUGAGGAAAGUGUAGUUUUAAGUUAGUUAUAAGAUGAAGAUUUAAAUAACAGUGAUCAUAUUAUCUGGUACAAGUUUCAAAGCUUCAGCCUUGCUAACGGUAUAUUGGUCAGAAAAGACCAUAAAUUUAAUAUACAGAUGUGGGUAACGCUUGAAAGAUGCUAUUAUUCCGAGUCAGGUUCUAACUAUAAUUAGAUUGAUGUAAACGAGGAUAUGGAUUUGUUUAGUAUUUAUGACUCUUAGUACUGCACUAACAGUACAAGAGUCAAUAGAGGAAUAUUUCCUGGCAUUAUUUAUUCUUUAUGA